CCCCGGGCCCCGCCCCAGCUCGCCGGCAGAAGCGAGGGCUCUGCAGCGGUCGCUGCGCGUAGCUCCAAGGAAAAAGCAUGGCGCGCAAAUAUCAGACAAUAAUGGACGGGCUGCCCACCCGGCGCCUGCGGCGCUCCGAGAAGGAAAUACCAGCGCCAAAAAGGCGGAAAACGAAGUCGCGCCAUCCCGCGAGCCCCGCAUCUGCACUGCACAUAUCAGCGCGAGCGACAACCAUCUGACGCGAUACAUCGCGCAAUGAAUCCGCCCCCACGCGCCCCACUCGAAAUCAACCAGCAGCAAAACUCGCGACAAGCACAAGCUGGGAAGGUGCGAAUAUAACUCGCGCAAAUUUUGCAGAAGAGCUCAGGCGCCCAUCGCGCGGCCCAUACUGAAGUUGCAGCUAGCUCCUGAUAUCGCACGCACACUCUGCUUCUACAGUCAGCACCGAAUAAAAUAAUGCGCCAUCCCUCAGAUGCGCGAGUGCGCGGUGGGUCGGCUGCCUUCUAAUAGCUCCUCAUCUCGAUGCAAUGCUGCUUGAACUGGCCUGCCCCGGAAUUCCAAACACACGGGCGCCGAGGAGUCUGAACGGCGUCUUGACGGGCGGACGGACUCGCGCGAAGCCGCCACGCGAACUGCGUCGCUCCCCCCUCCCAGACGUCGGCACAAAUCCACUGGCUUCCUCGGCGCGACCAUUUCAAAAACACGGCAGAGGCGAAAGAUAAUCUCACUGAGAACCCACGGGAACGCUUGCCGCGAGGAGAGCGGCGGCGGGAGAAAGCAGGACAGGGGGAAGCCACUCCGACGCACCACGGAAGCGCGCUUACACCGGUGGAAACGGCACCCAGGUAGCCACACGACGCCAUCGCCCCCCUCUAUCAGACAAAAGCGAACGCAGCAGCACCGACACUGGCCGACAACCCACCGUUGCAAUAGAACAUCAAGCAUGAUGCUUCAAGAAAAGAUGCCUGGACAACACUACAGAACCUCAAUUACUAUCCAUGGCGCUGUCUGCAACGUGACCAGCAUCGUCGAGCCAGCGCGGCUGCCGCUGCAUAGUAGUGGACGCCGAAGUCCGAAGUCCCCAGCCUCGCGCAGAGAUGACAACAAAACUUUAGCGAAUCCGCGCGACAGCCGCGCGGCGCGAAUCCUCCGCCAACAUCGAAUGACCAGCGACCAAAUCGGCAACUCCCCGGUUGACUGUUCGGACGACGUCCCCCACCCAUCCGGGCACCAAUAGUCGUCGACUGGGCGCCGGCUGCGUGGAGAUCUCACCCAUAGGGCGAACGCUGCGGGCCUGCGCGCAACUCCCAGGCGCCUCCUACGCUGCCGUCCGCGCGCACAGCCGCAAGUGCGCACAGUUCGCGCGCCCGCGUGCCACCGCAUUGCGAUCCGGGUCUGGGGCCCCUCAAGUCGCACCAUUGUCUGCUGGAGCUGGCAGGCGAAUAUGGUGGAAGAGGAUGCCAACCAAGCUGUGCACAAGGUCUCUGCGCACUGUCCAGAAUAAUCUAAUCCAACAACUGAGCACGUCGCAAGUGCCAGUGAAGGGUUCGCCGACGCAAUCCGAAGCGACGCAAAAUUGAGCGCCCCCGCGGUGGUACCUGACCGCCGCGCGCUGGUCGCAGGCAUGAUCGCGCUGACCAGUGUAGGCCAUAGAAGCGCCUCAACGCUGCGCAGCCACGAUGUGCCACCACGGCCACAGGCUAGCACAGGAAGCUCGCGGAUGCGGCGUGCGGCAAAUCCCUCCCGCGACAAGCGGGCAGGCGCGCGCACCGAGCGCGCUCAGAGCAGGAGGGCCUCGUCCCGCGUGUCGGCUGAGCAAAUCGUAAAGUGCGAGACCGAAAGAAAGAGCGAAUUUGCGUCCAGGCGGAAGCGUUGCACAACUCCCCAGCUCUGCUCAUCCAUUGAAGACCAGAGCGCAGUGUGAUGCCUCACGAACGAAUUGCUACAUCGGGCCCCCGGCGGCUGCCGGGAUCGGCCAGCAGUCCCGCCUAGAGGGUCCUGGGCUCCAGCAGGUCUUCCCUGGGGCCUGAUCUCUACCCUGAGCCGUUGAGUUGCCAGUCCGUGGGGUCCGUGGAGGGUGCCCGCGAGCCUGACAAUGGCGGAAGCCCUCAGGACCCGUUUCCCGCAUGGCGAAGCCCAUGCGUGCAGAGGCAAGGCUGGACGCGGGAGGCACGGGAGCGCGCCAGGGGGGGCCCAGCGCCGACCCACGAGAUCCGCGCGAAGCUCAAAAAUUUCAUCCAGUGGCGACACCUGGGCCCUACCCCCACCAACCAUCGAAUCUCCUGAAUCAAUGGGAAGCGGAGGUAGGGUUCGG